UGAGGAGCGGUUAGGGGCGGGAGUUGGCGCGGCGGGCCGGGCGGAGGCCGCGGAGCUGCGAUGCGGACGGGAGCGCGUCCGUGACCGGAGCUGCCGGCCGACAUGAACUCGCUGGAGCAGGCAGAAGAUCUCAAGGCUUUCGAGAGGAGACUCACUGAAUACAUUCAUUGUUUGCAACCUGCCACCGGACGUUGGAGAAUGCUUCUUAUAGUGGUAUCUGUGUGUACAGCUACUGGUGCCUGGAACUGGUUAAUAGACCCCGAGACGCAAAAGGUGUCCUUCCUCACGUCGCUAUGGAAUCACCCGUUUUUCACCAUCAGCUGCAUCACCCUGAUAGGCCUGUUCUUUGCCGGCAUACACAAGCGGGUCGUGGCCCCGUCCAUCAUAGCCGCCCGGUGUCGGACCGUGCUGGCGGAGUACAACAUGUCCUGUGACGACACGGGAAAGCUGAUUUUGAAACCUAGGCCUCACGUGCAGUGACAGUCGCCCAUCGUCAUCGCGGGCCCCGGAGCGGCCUCUGCGCAGAGGCGAGGCAGCGAGCAGCCACAGGUCCCCUUCCGCAGUCGGAUGUGUGGCAGUCACCGCAGCAGCCGACGAGAAGCGUGCAAUAUUCCCCAGGUGGCCUGGCGCUGAGGCCGCGGUGUCAGUGCGUCGGUGCCCCGGUCGCCGGAGUGUCAGUGUUAGUGUCACUUUAGUGCUUCAGACCCCGCAGAGCCUGUUGGAGAUGAAGUGCGUCUGUGUGUUACUAAGGGAAACCUAGAAACAGAACCUCACCAGUUUUUAUGAUGUAUUUUUGCAAACUACUGUAAAUAGCAGAUUGAUGCCAGUGUCAAAGAGGAGCGUGCAUUGGGCCCGGUCCUCCUGCACCAGUGUCUCCAGCUCGCCCCCCGGCCCUUUAAAACCAGCCGUCCAGUAGCCGCGCCUUCUGCCCCCCCCUCCCCCUCGCCUUGGGCCUCGGUGUAGGAGCCACUGCGGGAGCGGAGGCUGGGGACACUCACCUCGGAGUGUCGUUAGAAGUCAGGGGUGUUCGAGGGACAGUUUCUGUUGAACCAGAUGGUGAACUUCAGCCACUUGGUGAUAUUUUCCUGUUCAUUCUCAUUUAAUGCUAAAUUGACUUUGUAUUUUUUAAUAAUUUUAAGGACACUCCAGAGGCUUCUGAAUAUACCGAUUAGUUAUAAAUUAUGUACUGUCCAGGAAUUUGGUAGUCACUGUUUUAGAUCAUUGGAUCUUGCGUUGUGGUUGAUGGGCUGUCACACUGGUGCUGAGCCACGCGCCGUCCACGUGCCCAUCACGGGGUGUGGGGUCACGGGGUGUGGGAGCGGCGCCUCGAGCCAGCCCGCCGUCCUCGCUGUUCAGGGCGUGUGGCUGACUGACAGGUGUGCGUCUUAGCCACGCGUGCUCCAGCAGCCCUGGUAUUUAAACUCUGGGGAUUGCUGUGGGUGUUUUAAAGAGCUGGAGGUGCCUUUUACCUGUUCAUUAGAAGAUUUUGAAAAUGUUUAAAUGAUUUCAAGAGCAGUCUUUUAAAUUUCAUUUGACAGAAGGCUGAAAAUUCAAUAACAGACAAAAACUUUUUAACUAGGCUACCAUGUUCAUCUUGGCUUUCACGUGUAUAAAAUUUUAUUCUUUGAACUGUAGCAAUAAAACCCUCUGCUCCUAAGAAGUCUUAAGAGGGUAUUCUAUAUAUUCUGUGUUGUUUUAUUUUCUGUAAAUUUUGUAGGUAAAUAUGUGCAUAAAAUAAAUACUUUAU